UGCGAUGUAGGGUUUUGGUUCUAAGUUUUUAGUUGAGCACCCACCUCCGCUAUCGCUUCUCUCUCUCUCUGCACCACUCGAAGCCCUCAAGGUAGUCCGUUUGAGGAGAAGGGAGAGUGAAAAUGGUGGAGAAUACCAAGGGGAGGAAGGAGGAGGUAGUUACCAGAGAAUAUACGAUCAACCUCCACAAGCGCUUGCAUAGCUGCACAUUCAAGAAGAAGGCUCCCAAGGCAAUAAAGGAGAUCAGAAAGUUUGCACAAAAAGCUAUGGGAACGAAGGAUGUCAGAGUGGAUGUGAAGUUGAACAAGCACAUCUGGAGCAGGGGAAUCCGAAGUGUUCCAAGGAGGAUUAGGGUUCGCAUUGCUCGAAAGAGGAACGACGAUGAAGAUGCAAAGGAAGAGCUCUACUCUCUUGUCACCGUUGCUGAAGUCCCACCAGAGGGACUUGGGGGUUUGGGAACGAAGGUCAUUGAAGAGGAUGAUUGAUUUAUUAAUUAUCUGUUAUAAGAAAACUUGCUGUUAUAAGGGUGGUGGUUUUAGAUGAGAGUUUGUCUUGGCAUUUUAAGUUUUAUGAAUCAGACUUGUUUUUCCCGAUUUACGAUUAUUAUUGCUUGUAGAAGAAUCUCAACUUGGUUAUUUUAUCUUUGGUUGUAGUGAAUGCAGUUUUUCCAAUUGCUUCUA